AUGGAUGACUACGAUGAGAUACCAGUUGACAAAAAUGUGAGCGAAGAGGGAAGAGGAGAAGAAGAUGAUGAUGACGAGGAGGGAGAGGAUGAUGGAGACGACGAAAAUGAAGGAAAUGACGGAAACGACAGUGCCAGGCCUUUUUCUCGUUCUGGUAUGUUUCGACGACGAUUACAACGUCGAACGGAAGGUGAGGAAACGCUAAGAAAACGCCCGAGAGUGUCGUCCCCAGUGAAAGCGGAUACGACUGAAGAUUCGAGCUUAACUUUGGAGGAGAUUGUCAUGGAACAAGGUGACAUAGGAGCGCUAGAGCCGCAAGCAUCAGCGUUGGAGUCACAAGCAUCGUCGCCUUCACCACUCAAACAGUUUGAGCAACAUCCGAUCGGCAGCAGUAGUGGUGAUGGAACGUCAGUACAACAUAUUGACAUUGUCGAUGAACAGGAAGCAGUCGAAAAAAUUCCAGUGUAUAAGCUGAAAUUUCAUCUCAAAAGACAGAAAUCAGAAGCUUGCACAGCAAAUGCAGAACUCAUAUUAAGUGACUCGAUAACAAUGGCUGUACGUAGAAGAGUGCAUGUCGUCCGUAAAUCAGCUGUUCCCGCUAGCUUACUUGCCGAUCUUGAAAAGCGUACAUCUUAUACGGGUGGAUUGACAGAAGUCGAGAACGUUUGGCAGCUAAGCAAUUUUAUACAUAGAUGUCAUGCACAGCCUGUACAGGACUUGCCAUGGCUGGAAGUCAGAGAAAUGCCUACGAUCAAAGGACGAGGUGUUUUCGCUAAGGUAGACAUCGCUGUUGCUGAUUAUCGUGGUUACCGUGGAUUGUCGGAAGACGUUUUGAAGCCUUACAAUAAGGAACUUGAUGAAGAGCAACGCCAAAAAGUUGCCAAAUAUUGGAUGGGAGUGGAAGGAAGCGACUGCAAUUACAUCGUACUUGCUCACUGCGACUCGCACAAAGCGACAGUAACGCUUGGGCGGCUCAUAAACCAAUCAAUUGAGCACGCCAACCUAAAUAUGAAGUGCAUGUACCUUGGUAAACGCCGAGUUCGAUGGGCGCAUUGUUUGAUAGCUAGUCGCGAUAUUCAGGCUGGUGAACAGCUAUUGUGGAACUAUGCUGUAAGGGAAAGAGAUCCAAGCAAGCCCAGUUCUCCGAAAAAUUUUCCGUGCAUCUGUCACGUCUGUAUGCGAUCUGGCUGCAGCAGAAGGCCUGAUUUCGACAUUGGAGAACUUCUAUUUUUGGUGACACAGAAAGCACGCGCAGUAGAAUUGUUGCUGGAAAGUACUCCUGCUGCCGAUCCAAGAGUAGCAUUUGCAAGGAGCAGGCGUACCAUUUUCACUAAUAGAGAUGUGUUUCCGGACCCUACCAUGUUCUUGGUAAAGGUCGCAUCUCCCUUGGCACAGUUGCUACAAAUAGCGACGGAAGCUGCUUUUAAGCGCAUGGAAUCGGUUGUUCUUAUUCUGUACCAAAAGCAGAAUGAUCCACAACCGCUAUCCUGUUAG